GGCUUGUGCCACUUGCGGCCACAUGGUAAAGAUCUGCAUGGGCAUGGGUGGUAGUUUCGGGCGCCACACUGAAUCGAUCGACUCAUGGGUCUGGCGCCGCCUCGCAGAUGAGGAGUGUCACUCGAUUUGGCGUCCACGUACCACGACGUACUCGACAUUGUCCGUGUCUACCAGGAAGCUAAACCUUGUGUAUGUGACCUUCCAGUCGGGUGAUAUGGCAAGGCACUGCUGAGACAGAGGAGUGCCAAGAUCUGUUCUUACGGGCAAUAACUAUGCGCGUGGGUCGUCCCGCAAGCCAGGACACGUUGUGCGACGCGACGAUGGAGGAGGGGACAAGCCAAGCAAAGACAGUGGUGGGUUAUGCCAUGUGAUCAGAGUCGUAGGGACUUUUUUCAUGAACCAAGAAGUCUAGCCAGG